AUGCUUUCGAAGGUGACGAUACCGACACAUGACUUAAUGAGUUCAGUGCUUGCCUUGGAAGAUUCAGCAUUAGAUGUUGAUCAGGUUGAUAACCUCAUAAAGUUCUGUCCAACAAAAGAGGAGAUGGAACUGCUUAAGGGCUACAAAGGAGAUAAGGAUAAGUUAGGAAAAUGUGAACAG